AUGGCGCGAUCCCACCUGCCGUUUGUCUUGCCCCCUUCCCUUUCCGGUCGCCAAUCCUACUCGGGCCUCUUAUCCGCAUCUGCCUCAUGGUCCGUGGAUCCGUUUCUCAUCUUUCCAGUUGGCCGAUUUCACUCGGUUCCAGACCCAGUGCACUUUUUACUCAAAGCCCUAUUUCUCAAUCCUCCAGCAGCACGUACAAUGUCGCCUCACCUCACCUGA